UACAUGGUAUUAGAGCAAACGAUUAACCUCUGACCUAAUUUUUUUUUUUUUUUUUUCCUUCUUCCUACCGCAAUCUAAAUGUCAAACUCAGGCAAUGCCUCAGCCGAGAUGACUCUUGUCUUCACCCCCUCGGACAUGAAAUCGUCCAUCAUCUCGCUCAACAUGAACGGGAUCACAAAACUAACCUCCGCCAACUUCAUCACGUAGAGACUUCAAGUUCAAGCUCUACUUGAAGCGCAUGAACUUCAUGUCUACGAUCAUUAUCUUCAGUAUGGAUAUACACUAAUAGCUCCUAGCUUUUGUCCUCUAUAUAUUAAGGUCACAGGUCAAUCACACUCCAACGGUUCAACCGAGUUCACAGUUUAAAACCAAUAUAUAGCUUCCAGUGAGGAAUAUUGGUCGAUGUGUCAGUGGAACACAAAGGCAUUACUGGUAGAAUACACUUUUCAAUCGGACCAGAAGAAGCCAAUGGUUGGACCAGGAAGACCUCAAAUCGUCCUCUUCGGUUCAUCAAUCGUUCAAUACAGCUUCAGCGAUGGUGGAUGGGGAGCCACUCUCGCUAACAUCUACUCUCGCACGGCUGACGUAAUCCUUCGUGGGUAUGCUGGUUGGAACUCCAGAUCUGCCUUGAAGGUGUUAAACCAAGUGUUCCCAAAGGAUGCUGUUAUACAACCUUCUUUGGUGAUAGUCUAUUUCGGAGGGAAUGAUUCAAUGCCUCCUCAUCCAUCAGGGCAAGGACCUCAUGUUCCUCUCUCUGAAUUCACUGAGAACAUGAGGAAGAUCGGAGAGCAUCUUUUGAGCCUCUCGGACAAGACCCGUGUCAUUUUUCUCACUCCCCCACCAAUGAACGAGAGACAAAUCCAACUAGUGUUUGGAGAUGCAAUGAGAGGCCGGAGUAACGAGCUGUGUCGUCCAUACGCAGAAGCGUUGUUGAAUCUAUGCAGAGAGAUCAAUGUGAAAGGUAUCGAUCUUUGGAACGCAAUACAGCAACAAGAUGAUUGGUUACACACUUGCUUCACUGACGGUAUCCAUUUCACGGCCAAGGCGAGCGAGAUUGUGGUGAAGGAGAUAUUGAAAGUAGUGAGAGAAGCUGAUUGGAAACCGAGUCUUGACAGGAAGUCAUUACCGGUUGAGUUUCCAUUUGAUUCUGGUCUACCAAACUCCCCAAGACAUAGUGAUCUAGAAUUAACUAGAAACAAGAAGUUGGAGCCUCGUAUGGCCCGAUUGUAAAACAACUCAGGACUUAGACGUAUCAUGCUUAUACAUUGACAUCUUGAUGGUCUACCAGUUUAACCGUUUGUUUGCAUCUUGGUAUUCAGAAAGAGAUGCAUUCGAAUCUAGAAAUUUUGUUCUUCUUUAAAACAAGGGCUACAAAAACUCAGCCAAGUUUCUGAA